AUGUAUUAAAUCUUUAGAACAAUCAAGAUGAUGAGACAAAUAAUCAGACCCAUGAGAUUUUGCGCACCCAUAGUGGCUACCAAUAAUUACUUACACUUAUAUAAUCUGAAUCAGUUUUACAUGUCCCUACUAAUUGACACCAAUGAAGAGGAUGAAGAACUAAUGUAAGUAAAACAAGAACCCAAUAUUCGUAGGUCAAUUAAGAAAGAGAAAUGUGUCGUCCAAAAUUGAUCAUUUGA